AUGAAACAGCUGGUUCAGCAGCUGGAACAGUGGGAGUUCCGAGUCUGUGGAGUGUUUCUUGUUGAUUCUCAAUUCAUGGUGGAGUCGUUCAAGAUUGAUGACUACAGCAUGGUCCGAUUUUUGCCCUCCGAUCAGUCAGAUGAAGAAUGCAUGAACAUUGUAUUACAGCAUAUUGAUUUUGCCGUUCAGUAUGGAGAAGACUUGGAAUUCAAAGAACCCAAGAGCACCUACUGUGCCACCAUGGUCCAGCUCUGUGAAGCCCUCGGCCAGUCUGUCCAGGUGGUGAACUUAGACCCCGCGGCGGAGCAUUUCAACUAUGAUGUGAUGGCUGACAUCCGGGAACUGAUCAAUGUGGAUGAUGUGAUGGAGGAAGGCUCCCUGCGCUUCGGUCCCAAUGGAGGACUGGUUUUUUGCAUGGAGAACUUUGCCAAUAACUUUGAGUGGCUGGAGAACUGCCUUGGCCAUGUCGAGGAUGACUACAUCCUUUUUGACUCUCCAGGUCAGAUUGAGUUGCACACACACCUGCCCGUGAUGAAACAGCUGGUUCAGCAGCUGGAACAGUGGGUGUUCCGAGUCUGUGGAGUGUUUCUCCUUGAUUCUCAAUUCAUGGCGGAGUCGUUCAAGCUUAUUUCUGGCAUCUUGGCAGCCUUGAGUGCUAUGGUAUCUCUAGAAAUCCCGCAAGUUAACAUCAUGACAAAAAUGGACCUGCUGAGUAAAAGAGCUAAAAAGGAAAUUGAGAAGUUUCUCGAUCCAGGCAUGUAUUCUUUAUUAGAUGAUUCUACAAGCAACUUCAGAAGCAAAAAAUUCAAAAAAUUGACUAAUGCCAUAUGUGGGCUGGUUGAUGAUUACAGCAUGGUCCGACUUUUGCCUUACGAUCAGUCCGAAGAAGAAAGCAUGAACAUUGUAUUACAGCAUAUUGAUUUUACCAUUCAGUACGGAGAAGACUUGGAAUUCAAGGAACCCAAGGUUUAUGAAGAUGAGUUGUCUUCUAUGUUGGAUGAAUAUUUUCAAGAAUGCCAGAACAAAUGA